AAUUGAGAGAGAGAGAGCUAUGAAGAAUAUGAGCUAGGUAGAGAAAUGAAUGAAGCUGAAAAUGAUAGAAGAAAGAUAUUGCACUACCAAUCAUCAAAGCGAGGGUCCCACCUUUGUCUGCCAAUAUUUCUAAUACUAUUUUCUCAUAAUAUCAGUUCUCUCUUCUAUGGCUGGAGUACUCAAUCAAUUCUAGAACCCUGUUAGGAGACUAUUUUCUUGGUGUUCAUCGUACUGCUAUUAUAUAUAUUUAUUUAUUUAUUUUCUUGGUGUUCAUCGUACUGCUAUUUUAUAUAUUCUUGGUGUUCAUCGUACUGCUAUUAUAUUUAUUUAUUUAUUUAUUUUCUUGGUGUUCAUCGUACUGCUAUUUUAUAUAUAUAUAUAUAUUACUUAUUAUUGUUUCUUUGAAUUAAGCUUGAAUUAACAGAGAGAUUGAGAGUAAGGAUAUAUAUAUCUAAGAAGUUUUUUUUUUUUUUUUUUUAGUUAAGGGUAUAUCUAAGAAGUUGUUCCUAUAUAUAAACAAUACAUAUCCCUUAACAUAAAUAUUGCACUAUAUAUUGGUAUUAUAUAUAUAUAUAUAUAUAGAUAGAUAGAUAGAUUGAUAGAUCCCUAUAUAUCGAUCUAUGGCUGGUAUGCUUCCUGGCGUUGAAUGUGCGAGAAGGAGGCGCUUCCAUCAAAGUGGUGGCUGGUCAGAUUUGCCUAGCACCUCCUCCGCCCAUACCUUCACAAGGCGCUCCUCCUUUUGUCUCUAUACAAGCAACCAUGAAUCUCACCUCAGCUCAACCUCAAGCUCCUCCCUGCAAAGAAGCACAAUAAACCAGGUAUUUGAGGAUGACAAGCUAGGGGAUGUGGCUAGAGAAGCCAGAGACAGAUUGGAUGAGAGGCUAAGAGCACAGAGGAAAUCUGAAACCAAAAGGAAAAACAGCCUAGAAAACUUGAGGGGUGUGGUUGUGGAGGACAUGGUGAUCGGGGAUUUGCAAACAGAGGUGUUUGGAUUGAAGAAAAGUGGUUCAAAGAGGUUCAUCAGUUGGGCUAAGUUAGGGUGGAAGGGUCCGGACCAAGAAGACUGUGUCAUUUGCUUGGAACAAUUCAAGUCCGGCGAGACCCUGGCGCACCUUCCGUGCGCCCACCGCUUCCAUUCAAGGUGUUUGGUGCCAUGGCUACAGAGCAAUGCUCACUGCCCUUGUUGCAGAAUGGGCAUUUUGAUUUAAGAAUUUGUAACAACUUUCUUGCUGUUUAAGAGAAUUGGUCUGCAAUAAUUUGUAAAUAUGGACUGUGCUUAAUUUGGGAGAAUUCUCCCCUUGAAUCAUAUUUUAAUGUAAAUAAUUUUGCAUUCGGAUUA